AUGGCGUGCAGCACCGCUCGUACUGCCAACGACGUCGCGCCGCCCACCCCCUCAAAUCGUCCCCAUUCCUCCCUUUUGCCCGCCAUCCUCUCUGCCCCUCUCCCGUCCCCCCCACGCCUCUCCUUUUCGCUCCCCCGAACACCUCCUUCCCGCCCCCACCCAGACCCGCGGUCGCCGUACCCGGUGCGCAAGUCGGCGGAGGCGGGCGGCGGAGUGUGCGAGUACAGCUACCAGGAGGUGCACGCCGCCACGGGCGGGUUCCAGCACGUGGUGGGGCGCGGCGGCUUUGGCGUGGUGUACCACGGGUACCUCGCGGAGCCGCAUGGCGGGCAGGGCGCGGGCGUGUGGGCCGUGGCCGUGAAGCUGAUGAGCGGCGAGCACAUCGCCAACGGCAUCGACAGCUUCAUGACGGAGGUGGCGGUGAUGGCUCGGGUGCAUCAUCCCAACAUCCUGCGCCUGGAGGGGUACGUGGUGGGCGCCACGCCCAUCCUCAUCUACGACUACAUCCCCAAUGGGGACGCCGCCUCCUACCUCGCCAAAGCUCGGAGUGGAGAGGUGCAGUUUGGGUGGAGGGAGAGGCUGAGGGUGGCCUUGGGGUGCGCGGAGGCGCUCACAGCCAUCCACGCCAACGGCUUUGUGCACCGCGACUUCAAGGCGCCCAACGUGCUGCUGCGGGAGGACCUGACACCAGUGGUGGCAGACUUUGGGUUGGCGCGAGCGGUGGACGACUGGAAGACACACGUGGAGACACGCGUGAUGGGGUCCGUGGGCUACAUCGACCCCAUCUACUUCGAAUCAGGCAACCUGAGCAAGAAGUCGGACACGUAUGCGUUUGGGAUAUUCUUUCUGGAGCUCAUCUCGGGCGUGUCUGCCCUUGACGGCAACUUCAAGGAGCUGCGGCGCCUCGUGACGGGCAAUGACUACCCUGAUGCCGCUCUUGUGAUGGACCCACACCUGGCGGGGCAGUGGCACCUCAAGCACGUGCUCGUGGCCUUCACACUCAUCAACCAGUUCUUCCACCCUUCCACCGGCCCUUGCUUCCUCACGCUCAUUUCGCCCCGUUGCAUUGGCCCCGUGUGUGUGUGCGCAGUGUGCUGCUCGGUGUGGUGCCCGUGCGUCAUGGUGGGGCGCAACGCCGAGAUCGUCACCGACGGCUUCACAGACCCGUGCCGCGCGUGCAUGGGGUGGGCGCUCCUCCAGCUCGCCUGCAGCGGCGCCUUCUUCGCUCGAGAUUUCCGCAAGCGGCUGCGCGAGAAGUACAUGCUGCCGCAGCGGCCGUUCAGCGACUUCUGGAUGCACUGCCUGUGCGCGUGCUGCGCCAUCGCGCAGGAGCACCGCGAACUGCGCAACCGCGGAUGGGACCCCGCGCUAGGCUAUGCGGGCAACGUGCGCAAGUUCCAGGCGUGCUCUCCGCCCCCCCAGAUGGAGAUGCUCGCCGACCAGUAG